AUGGCUGGCUCGAGUGAUCGAGGUCGUGACCUUAUCGGAGUCCAAAAACUGAUAAGGAAGCACCAAGCGUUGACCGCUGAAAUUGAUGAUCAUGAAUAUCGAAUUGAUGACGUAGCCAGAAUUGCGGAAAGUAUGAUUGAACAGGUCGUCUUUCUAACUCCUGAAAUCCGUGACAAACUCGCUCAGCUUCGCGACGGUUGGCAAAAUCUUAAAACCAAAGUUGAGAAACGCCGUCUGGAGCUUGGUGACUUUCUCCAUGCCCAUGAGUACCUUGCUGUUGCAAAUGAAGCUGAGUCGUGGAUGACCGAGAAGGAACUAAUCAUCGGUUUCGCUGUUUAUGGGAAAGACGAAGAUUCAGCUGAAGCACUUCUUAAGAAGCAUGAAACUCUCAUGUUUGAUCUUAAUGCAUUCAAGGGGACCAUUGAUAAACUGAGGAAACAAGCAUCUCAGUGCAAGUAUCAGGAAGAUUUUGUUGAAAAGCUUGGUGAGAUCUGCUAUAGUGUGUGUCCCGGCCACCAGCUUCCCACAAGUAUCUCCGUGGCGCAUACGCAACGCGCGCUCCGUUGA